UUCUCUUUUCUUUAACUUUUAAAACAUUAUUAUCAAUUCGUUAACAAAAUAUUAACAAAAAAAAAAAAAAAAUCUAUUCGUCCAUAGCAUUUGAGAUGAAGAAACCCAGUCAACUAUCGGCCACCAUUCUUACCAUCUUCACCAUCCUUGCUAUAGGGGUGAUGGUGAAGGAAACAGUAGGACAGGCGCCACAUAAUUGUGUUGAAAUUCUUAAAGAAGCUUCAAAGGGUGCAACAUGCGACGCCAAAUUGUGUGCCUCUCAAUGUCGUCAGAAAUUCCCUGCAGCAGGCGGGUUUGGUGAAUGCAAUUCAAAUAGAGGACAAGUCGAAUGCCAAUGCAAAUUCUAUUGUAAAUCGGAUGGGAGUCCAAUCACCAACUAGAUUUAUCAGACCAUCAGAUCACCAAGUUAAUUUCAUGGAACACAAGUCUAUCAAAAUUUUUGUUUUGUAAUAGUUGUAUUUAACAAUACUAAAUAAGUAGACCAUGACAUUGUUACUUUCGUAACAUAAGUUUGAAUUCAGAUAAUGUAUGAUUUUGAAUAAAAUAGUAAAUAAAUUUAUAUUGAUCAUCAUA